AUGACUCGAACAACUCUUCGAACAAUUUUAGGUCACAAAACCGCCGAUCAAUUGAUUCAACAACAUUACAAUCAAUAUGAUGUUGCAGUCAAAGAACCACCUUGGCCCAAAUUCAUGGACUGGAAACCAGCUGGAAAGGCAAUUCGUAGGGGUAGAUCUCGACGAGAGCAAGAGCAAUCCGAAUCCGAAUCUGAAUCCGAGGACAACUAUACACCCACAAAUAAAAGGGGACGAGGUCGGGUAUCACAAUCCGAAUUGCAACGAAAUUCCCAACAAAAUGUUGGGGAUAUGAAUUGUUCGUUAGAGGAACAGUAUCAAAAGAAGUAG